AUGCAGCUAUUGAAAUCACUGCUUUGCUUCAAGGCGCAGCCGCCUGCAGAUGCGUCGGGAACCACAGAGCCUCAAUAUAACGAGAGGGUUAGUAUCCUCGAUUUCCUCCGAGUUGGCCGAAACAGACCCAUAUUUAACUUGCGAAUUUGGGACCCCCCGCAGCCCGUACCUAGAUCCCUUCGAGCCAGCGUAUUCACAAAACGCUCUCCACCGUCACAAAUAGACCCUAUUGAAACAAUUCCUGAACAGCUUGUACCACCUGCACCUACACCUUCGAGAGUGUCAGAAAAGGACCACAACGUCGAUCGAAAUGAGACUUAUGUUCUUGCACAUCCAUUUGUUGGGACAAGUGAAGAAGAGCUAUUAGUGUUUAAUCUUGGAGAUUGCCAUCUUCUCGAUGUAAAUCAUCCAGAUUAUCUCACAAUAUCGCUCUUGGAUAAUCGAAAUCUUGCAGAACUUGAAAUCAGUAUAAGUCGAUAUAGCCGAAAGGUCACAUUCAAUCAGCAAAAUCCAAACGAAACAUGGAAGAGAGAACAUUCUUUCCAAUUAGAAGACCUGUUUGUAGACGGACAAGUCAAUGAGAUUCAGAUAUGGACUGAGCGGAGGUUAACAAGUGAUCAUUACGUCUGGUACGAGUAUAUCGUACGAACACCACGACAAGUUGUGGCAACAGAGAUAAUGUGCUUUUCGAGAAGUCCCAAAGUUCGGUUCUUACAGAUAUUCGAAAAGUCAGAUCCUCCGAUGUUGAGGCAAUCUCAUAUUGAGGUUUCACAUUAUAACCAUCUCGAGGAAUGA